CUCUGUUUUCUUCCCCAUCCGCGCUCUCUCUCUAUCUCCUUCCCUCUACAAUCCGUUCCAUCUUCCCCCUCACCACCACAAGCCACCCCCAGACCCCGUUUCCGCUGAUGAUAGUGUCGAGCCAUGGUGGCGGAGCGCGUCGUCACGGUGGAGUACCUGGAGCCGACCAUGUCACGGGAGCUCCUCGGCAAGUUCCCGGACAACUCCGCCUUCGACUUCGAUUACUCCCAGAGCGGGAUAUGGUCUCCCCUGCUCCCCCGCGGCAUCGAUGACGCCCGGAAGAAACUCUUAGCCGGAUCUCCAGUGACACUCCGAAGAGUGAAAGCAAAGCUCACAUACAAGAAGCGGAAGAAGAAGAGGCCGAGUGCUAUUAGGAAGAGCUUGGAUUUCUCUCCGGUUCCUUCUCCUAAACUGGGGUGGAAGAGGGUGCUGAGAGCAGCCGCGAAGCGCUUCAAGGUCCAUGCAAGAUCGCCGCUGCAGAUGAUGCUGCCCACAUUGUGACCCGAGAAACAGUUGCCUGCUCAACUGGCGUAUCAGAUCUCCACCGCAAUUGCUGUAGCCAUUUGUUUGUUUUCGUUCCUGCAUCAUGCAGAUUUAAUUGUUCUUGGUGUGUGGUGGGAACGAAGCACUUGUAAUCGAUCCACAUUCUUCUUUUCUCGUGUAGUACAGAGUUAUCAUUCUCUUUCGUUCCUCAACAGAUUGAGUAGAUUUAAAGCAGGAAGGAGCGUUACUCACGCCCAAGAAAUGAAGAAUAAAGAUCAUCAUAUAUUAGACAUAGUGCGUGUCCCUCCUGCAUCGGAUCGCAGGUUGGAUAUGGAGAGAUGUGACACCGAAAACAACGUGCAUGUAAUUCCCAACAUAAAGAACGCCUCUUUCUUUGUUGAUUUGACCGUAAAGCAUGUUCAGUGGACGACAGGUUCUUGGAAUGUCAUCAUGAAGCAUCAGGAAAACCGAUUGCAGACGAAUCUUAUUAUUGUUUUGAGGCUUUUAUAGCUGAAGAACAUCUUUACCAGCUUCAUCACUUCCAUCCUGCACUGCCUCGUGCCACAGCCAUGUUUCUGAGGAGAUCCAGCAACUUGUCUCUUCUCUUCGUCUGCCUGACGACUGUGAUCCCCAUGGCGAGCUCGCUCUCCUUCAACUUCUCCGGUUUCGACAACGAUACGACAUCAAAGAUCGAGUUCCAAGGCGACGCAUCGUUGCUGGACAAGGAGAUCCAUCUCACGAGCUCCCCCAUGCAAUACAGCGUCGGCAGAGUAGUGUACCGGGAGCCGCUCCGCCUCUGGGAUGCCACCACGAGGGAGCUGGCUGAUUUCACCACCCACUUCUCCUUCGUCAUCAACUCCUCCAAUCCCUUAACGCCCCACGGCGACGGCCUCGCUUUCUUCCUCACCGGGUAUCCUUCCACCCUGCCUGCCUACUCCCGGGGCGCCUUCCUCGGCCUCUUCAGCAACAGCUCUGUCGAUAGCUCGAGGGUCAGCACGGUGGCGGUCGAGUUCGACACCUUUCCCAACGCGUGGGAUCCGCUCGCCGACCAUGUCGGAAUCGAUAUCGACUCGAUCACCUCAAGCGCCACUGUGCAGUGGAACAGCAGCCUCAAGGAUGGCAGGCGGGCAAGCGCAUGGGCGAGCUACGAUGCCGCCACUCACAACUUGAGCGUUUUCCUGAGUUACGAAAGGAAUCCGGCCUUCAGCGGCAAUUCCAGUCUGCACUUCAUCGUGGAUCUGCGAGAUGUGCUGCCGGAGAUGGUGGCGAUCGGCUUCUCGGCGUCCACAGGCAACUUGACGGAGACGCACAGCCUGCUGUCGUGGUCUUUCAACUCCACCUUGCAACCGAGGAAGCAAACCAAGGCUGGGCUCGAGAUCGGCUUGGGUGUCGGAGUUGGCGUCCUGGUGGCGGUCUCAGGUUUGAUGUGGUUCGUCUUCUCCAAGAAGAAGGCCUCGAGUACGAAUAUGAAAGAAGCAGAGGACAUAGACUGCGAUGAGAUCAUCGACGAUGAGUUCGAGAGAGAAAGAGGGCCGAAGAGGUUCCCCUACGAAGAGCUGGCCAGCGCUGCGAGGAACUUCUCCAAGGAGGGGAAGCUGGGGGAGGGAGGAUUCGGAUCGGUGUACAAAGGCUACUUGAAAGAUCCGAAGCUCGACGUCGCCAUUAAAAGGGUCUCCAGGGGGUCGAAACAGGGGAGGAAGGAGUACGUCUCGGAGGUCAAGAUCAUAAGCCGGUUGAGGCAUCGCAACCUGGUGCAGUUGGUGGGCUGGUGCCAUGAUCGCCGAGAAUUCCUGCUGGUUUACGAGUUGAUGCCCAAUGGAAGCCUUGAUUCUUAUCUCUACACCACGAAGAAGACCCUCCAGUGGCCGGUGCGGCACAAGAUCGCACUCGGCUUGGCCUCUGCUCUGCUCUAUCUCCACGAGGAGUGGGAGCAGUGCGUGGUGCAUCGCGACAUCAAGCCCAGCAACGUCAUGCUCGAUUCCGCCUUCAAUGCCAAGCUGGGGGACUUCGGGCUCGCCAGGCUCGUCGACCAUGACAGCCACUCGCAGACGACGGUGUUGGCCGGCACCAUGGGCUACCUGGCCCCCGAGUGCGUCACCGCCGGCAAGGCCAGCAAGGAGUCCGAUGUCUACAGCUUCGGGAUCGUGGCGUUGGAGAUCGCAUGUGGGAGAAGGCCGGUGGAGCCUAUGGAGCAGAAGGGGAAGGUGAGGCUGGUGGAGUGGGUGUGGGAGCUCUACGGGAGGGGAAGGGUUCUUGAAGCAGCCGACGGAAAGCUCGACGGCGAGUUCGACGAGAAGCAGAUGGCGUUCCUGAUGGUUGUGGGGCUGUGGUGUGCUCAUCCAGACUGCACCAUGCGGCCAUCGAUCAGGCAAGCCAUCAACGUGCUCAACUUCGAGACUCCAUGGCCGGAGCUCCCGCCGAAGAUGCCAGUGCCGAUGUACUGCACGGCGGCGGCGGACGUGGCGAGCUUUAACCACACGUCUGAUGGUACCAAUUCGUCCCAAAUCAACUCUCAUGCGACAUAUUCUUCCGACUCCACUACGAUGAUCGAUAUGUGACCAAUAAGAAUGCCUCUGUCUUCUCCUCUCAAGCACAACACUACAAUUAGACAUUUAGCUUCAUGUUUUUGUUUUCUGCUUUCUUCAUACUUAUUUAUGUAUAUAUAUAUCAAUGUUUCCAUCUGUCAUUUUCUCACCAAAACACAAAAAAAGAAGAAGCAUGUAUGAAUAUAUUGUUCGGUGUUAAUUGGGAACUUUUUUUUA